AUGUCUGACCCGAAUCAAGAACCGCAGCAGAACUCCAGGCUAUCCCCUCAACCCGCCGUGAUGUCUACUCUCCAGAGACUAACUUCAUUUAGUAGAUCCAAGAAGCCUGCACUUGUCUUUCCUCCUCCAUCAUGGGGUUUAGAUGAUGAGGCUUCUCAUGACGAGAGUUCUUCCGCCACAAAAGUGAACACUACUUCGUCCGCAGCUGAUGGCGAUGCUGCACCUCCUCCAGAGUCUGCGAACCUCGCUCAAACAAUUCGUAACCUCAUCGAUUCCCUUCCAUCGGUUUCUCUCUCGUCACGAGGAGUUGAUACGCCCGUCAAUACGGAGGUGGAUCCCAAAGGACCCCCGGUUCCAGAUGGUGUAGAUAAGAAACUGAUGGCUUGGCUAUCUUCAGAAGCGGUGAUGAAUGGAUAUAUGACUGGAAAGGACUCGGUGUUUGGUGCCCUUGAUCGCUUGAAACACCCUUUACGCAAGGGCGAUACACCGAAGGGCGAACCUUCGCGCAAGGAUGAAGAUCCAUCUGAACAACUUGGGACAGAAGGCAUCAUGAUGUACACACCACUUGUGCCGACGAACGAAUCGCAUGUAGUACUCGCAGAGGAGGAAGAGGAGUUGGAGUAUAUUGAUCCGGAGGAGUUAGAGAGACAACUCGCUCAGAAGAAAAAGGAGCAGGAGACGGCAUCGGCCUCGGGUGGAACCAAGCCCGGCAGCAAGUUACAUUUCUGGUCGUUUGGGCGAGAGAAGAAGUCCGAGGUUCCACAGGCUCAGAACAUCGAUACUGCUGGACCAAGCCAGUUUCAACCAGAAGUCAAGCCCAAACACAUAUGGGUUCCCUCCGAGACUGAUAUAUCCGUCCAAGUUAUGUGGUGGGGCUAUCGAAUAUAUCUGCCUCCACCGGUUAUCCGGACGCUGGACAGCGGGAGCAUCGCAGCUACCAAACGCGCUGCCAUGAUCACGGCUGCUUUGAAGUGGAUGCUUGACAAAAUUCCUCAGAUGCUGGUUCCUCCUACAUUUCGACCUGCCCUAGCGCUGUUUAAACGAUUGGCACCGUUUGCGGGCUACAUCGGAGUGUUUAUAGCCUGGAGCUGGAAGUCCAUCAAGGCAAAUGACAAGGGUGGUGGCGUUACGUUGACCGCAACUUGGUUACUGACAGUGGCGCUCAUACCGUCCUCAUGGGAGGUCACUUCUGAACGUUUCCUUGCGCCAGUACCAGAUAGUACACCGACGUCGUCGGCCAGUAAAGAUGGAAAGAAAUAA